CUCAGUUAAAAAUCCCAUGGAUCUGCUUUAAAUCACACCGAAGACAACGCAGCGCGCAGAUCUGUAUACGGAUACGUACCCUUUCAGUUCUUAAAUUAGCCCCAUUAAGCUUCGAGAUACCGCCCCCAAUUUCAGUGUCGGUACGGAGCCGCCAGGCCGGGACUGAGACGGAGAGAGAGCCCUCGGCCAUGGAAGCGCUCGGACCCGGCCCGCCUGCUCCUACCUCCCUUUUCCAGCCACCACGCCGGCCCGGCUUGGGCACGGUGGGGAAGCCGAUUCGCCUGCUGGCCAAUCACUUUCAGGUGCAGAUCCCCAAGAUCGAUGUCUACCACUAUGACAUUGAAAUCAAGCCAGAGAAGCGCCCCCGGCGGGUCAACAGAGAGGUGGUUGAUACCAUGGUGAGACACUUCAAAAUGCAGAUCUUUGGGGACCGGCAGCCUGGAUAUGAUGGAAAGAGGAACAUGUACACAGCUAAUCCACUGCCUAUCGGAAGAGAUCGGGUGGAUCUGGAAGUGACUUUGCCAGGUGAAGGAAAGGAUCAGACUUUUAAGGUGUCUCUGCAGUGGGUGUCGGUGGUCAGUCUGCAGAUGCUCCUGGAAGCUCUGUCCGGUCAUCUAAACGAGGUUCCUGAGGACUCCGUGCAGGCCCUUGAUGUCAUCACACGCCACCUUCCCUCCAUGAGGUACACUCCUGUAGGCCGUUCUUUCUUUUCUCCCCCUGAAGGUUAUUACCAUCCGCUUGGUGGAGGAAGAGAGGUGUGGUUUGGGUUCCAUCAAUCAGUUCGUCCAGCCAUGUGGAACAUGAUGCUUAACAUUGAUGUUUCAGCCACUGCAUUCUACCGUGCCCAGCCUGUGAUUGAGUUCAUGUGUGAAGUUCUAGACAUCCAAAACAUUAAUGAGCAGACCAAGCCGCUUACAGAUUCCCAACGUGUCAAGUUCACCAAGGAGAUCCGAGGGUUGAAAGUGGAGGUCACACACUGUGGACAGAUGAAGAGGAAGUACCGUGUGUGCAAUGUCACCCGUCGCCCAGCCAGCCACCAGACGUUUCCCUUGCAGCUAGAAAACGGACAAGCCAUGGAAUGUACAGUAGCUCAAUAUUUUAAACAGAAAUACAGUCUACAACUUAAAUACCCCCAUUUGCCCUGCCUUCAGGUGGGGCAGGAACAAAAGCACACAUACCUUCCUCUUGAGGUCUGUAAUAUUGUGGCAGGCCAGCGCUGCAUAAAGAAGUUAACUGAUAACCAGACUUCCACCAUGAUCAAAGCCACAGCUCGCUCAGCACCUGACCGCCAAGAGGAGAUCAGUAGGCUGGUCAAAAGCAACAGCAUGGUGGGUGGCCCUGACCCCUACCUUAAAGAAUUCGGCAUCGUGGUACACAAUGACAUGACUGAGGUGACGGGGCGGGUCCUCCCAGCGCCCAUGCUACAGUAUGGGGGCCGGGUGAGUACAGACACUGGGAGGGACUGUGGCAGGAACAAGACUGUGGCUACGCCCAACCAGGGCGUGUGGGACAUGAGGGGGAAGCAGUUCUAUGCAGGCAUUGAAAUUAAGGUGUGGGCAGUGGCCUGUUUUGCCCCUCAGAAACAGUGCAGAGAGGACUUGCUUAAGAGCUUCACAGACCAGCUGAGGAAGAUCUCUAAAGAUGCAGGAAUGCCCAUUCAAGGCCAGCCUUGCUUCUGCAAGUAUGCCCAGGGAGCAGACAGUGUAGAGCCCAUGUUCAAGCACCUUAAAAUGUCUUAUGUUGGAUUGCAACUCAUCGUGGUCAUCCUGCCUGGAAAAACCCCUGUCUAUGCGGAGGUAAAGCGUGUUGGAGAUACUCUGCUAGGUAUGGCAACCCAGUGUGUCCAGGUGAAGAAUGUAGUAAAGACCUCCCCUCAGACACUCUCCAAUCUCUGCCUCAAGAUCAAUGCUAAACUGGGUGGCAUCAACAAUGUUCUAGUACCCCAUCAGAGACCAUCAGUAUUCCAGCAACCGGUGAUCUUCUUGGGUGCCGACGUCACUCAUCCCCCAGCAGGUGAUGGGAAGAAACCAUCCAUCGCAGCAGUAGUGGGUAGCAUGGAUGGCCAUCCAAGCCGGUACUGUGCCACAGUGCGGGUGCAGACCUCGAGACAGGACCUAUCCCAGGAGCAGCUAUUCAGCCAAGAAGUAAUCCAGGACCUCACUAACAUGGUGCGUGAGCUGCUCAUCCAGUUCUACAAGUCCACCCGCUUUAAGCCCACACGCAUCAUCUACUAUCGUGGGGGAGUGUCAGAGGGACAGAUGAAGCAGGUUGCUUGGCCAGAGCUGAUAGCCAUUAGAAAGGCAUGCAUCAGUCUGGAGGAGGACUACAGGCCAGGGAUAACCUACAUUGUAGUGCAAAAACGUCAUCACACCCGUCUUUUUUGCUCUGACAAAGCUGAAAGAGUUGGGAAGAGUGGUAAUGUUCCUGCAGGCACUACGGUGGACAGCACCAUCACUCAUCCAUCAGAGUUUGACUUCUAUCUGUGCAGUCAUGCUGGUAUCCAGGGCACCAGCCGCCCCUCGCAUUACCAUGUGCUGUGGGACGACAACUGCUUCACUGCGGAUGAGCUGCAGCUUCUCACCUACCAGCUAUGCCACACAUAUGUGCGCUGUACACGUUCAGUGUCUAUCCCAGCACCCGCAUACUACGCCAGACUUGUCGCCUUCCGUGCCCGCUAUCACCUAGUGGAUAAAGACCACGACAGUGCGGAGGGCAGUCACGUAUCAGGCCAGAGUAAUGGUCGGGACCCUCAGGCCCUAGCCAAGGCAGUGCAGAUUCACUAUGACACCCAGCACACCAUGUACUUCGCCUAACUGCUUCAACCAGCAGAAGAUGCACUUCUACGCUCCCACUUCACUUCUCUAUCUCUCUCUUUCUUUCCAACCUUCUUUUUCUAGUUACUAUUUCUUUGAACUUUUUUCCUCCCUCUCUUUCUGUCUUUCUCAUGUCCUCAUCCACAACCAAAGCGGUUCCAACGCCAGAGGGCUGAAUGCAUGUCUGAAGCAUUCAUCCUCAGUGGAACUGCCCACCAGCAAUCCUGCACUGAGAGACCACUAGUCUCUAAGGCACAGAGUAAUCAAAUUGAGCCAUUUAAGAGUUUAGUUUUUCAGUUUUGAAUGUCUUUUUUUUUUUUUUUUUUUCUUUUUUUUUUUUUUUUUUGUAAUAUACACUGAGUGUGAGCAAACCUGCGCCAUUUUUGUCGUGACAGCUCUGGCUCUCUCAGCUAAGCUGGACUUUGUCUACUUUUACCUCAGGCCACUGUUGGCUUAAACUUGUCCUUUUUAUGAUCGUAUUUUAACUUUCUCUGCUCAGUCUUUUACAAGCGAGGUGAUCUGGGUAUCAUACCCAUUACUCUUCUUUCAUUUUUAUUAUUUUUUUGAAUGUGUGAGUGAGUCCGUGUUUGUUGUGUGUGUGUGUGUGUGUGUGUGUGUGUGUGUGUGUGUGUGUGUGUGUGUGUGGCGUGUACGUGCGUUUCAUGGCGGGCCACUGAAUUGUAAAGGGAAAUAUCAAGGAGUUAACUGCUGUAAAUGCCUCAGUUUAUUUUAUAACGCUUCACAUACAUAAAUAUAUAUUAAAAAAGACGCAUCUAUAUAUAAACCUCUUUCAGUAGAUUUACAUUUUUGCAGGAUUGCAUAAGCUGAUGGUUAUGUGUAGCAGGAAUUCUCAAUGUUCUCAGCUGUGACACUGAGACCAUCCAAGUUCCUUUGUGUCUGUGGCAGUUAGCUCAUACAUCCUUGCAUGAAUGGGUUUUAUACAGGGUGCAGGGAUGGCUAUGGACUUGAAGCUGCCCCAUUAAAGGCUUGCAUAGUAGACAACAAAGGGCAAUGUUUGCAAAAAUGACAGCACUCUCCCUUACCUUUUAUGCAUUUCUACAUAAAACUCAAGUCAGAUUUGUAAGAGUUUAAUAUAAAUCAUUUUGUUCUUAUAUUAACUGUUAGUGUAUAAAGUCAGUGUCAUGGUUACUGUUGUAAUGUUGCUGUUAUGUAUAUCAGACUGUCAGAAAUCUCAGUUGCGUAAAGAAAUUUAUCCAGGAGUCAUUUUGGUGGUGUCGAGUGAAUCCGGUUUUGUAGCUGAACAUGUUGUAGCAUUCUGUCCAUGGUUGUGGGGCCCAAAGUGCUUUUGGUUGGUGUUCCUUUUUUGUUUUCAGGUGAUUAUCAUUUAGAUAUUCAUUAUCAUUUGAUUUUAUGUAUCGGAAGUAAUGAAUUAUCAUGGCAACGAUUUUGCUUAUUUCUGCCCCCACGUCAAACAGUGGCUUGUUGGGGAUACUGUUUAGACAAGGAAGGAUGAACGACAAUCAGGGCUCAGGGGGAUAGUUAAAGCUGUUUGAAUAGUUAGCCAUUAUUUGAAAUUUACAUUUACUUGUGUUUUUAUUGCUGUUGUGAGUUGAACAUUUAUAUCUAUAUAUAAAAUCUGAAGGUAUCUUUUCUUUUGAGAUGGGAAUAAAACAAACAUUGUAUUAUUUGCUAAAAGACACAAGCAAAAGCACUGCCUUGGAUUUUGACAACACCUGACAUAGUGUGGUUGAAUGAUUGCAAGCCUUGUCCUGGGUUAUGUAUUAGUGUUGGGCCUCUGUAUGCGUCUCGUCAGGUGGGCAGCUCAAUAAAAACCCUUUUGUAAUAAACCAUCUAUAAAGCCACAGGUUUGCUAUGAAUGAGUUUGAGCUCUUGCCUGUUCAGGACGUGACUCAUGGCCUGUUGAGAAGGAUAGGGCAAAGGCAUCACUCGCAAUAAGGUGGAAUAAGGUGUUUUCACGUUCUUACAACAAUUUUUAUAAUGUGGAUCCCACAGCGUUACCAUAUUUGCCAGAACAGUUGUGCCUGAUUUAGCAGGUUGAAAGACAUGGUAAAAAGACAAUAAUUCCAAUUUCAUAUUAUGGCACAGCAAUAUACUUCAAAUGAUGAACAAUGAUAGCUAUAAUAAUUUUUCUCAUUGAUGUGGUUGAUGGUUAUGAUUGCCCAUGGGAAUGAGUGUUUCUGUGAGGUGUUUUUGUUUUUUUGUUUUUUUUGCUUGUGUCAAUCAGUGGGAAUGUGCAUUUCGUGGACUAGCUCUUUAGGCUCUAUGGAAAGCUAUAAAUUUUAGACUGCUUGCUUGCAUGCCAGAGUAUUGUCCUAAAUCUCUUACAGAAUAUUUAUUGUCUCAGAAAAAGGAAAAAAGACUCCUGUUAAGGUGUAUGAAUUAAUUGAGACUGCUUGUUUUUAGGGUAGCAAUAUUGACCAGUCUCUUUUGACAAGAUUUGAAAAUUCCGUCACAGACGUCAGUAAGUCCUGUGGGUCAGGCUGGAUGCUGUGAGGGAGUGUCGAGUCCAGUCUUGACAAGAACUCCAACUAAAACGAGGUACUUUUUUCCUUCUUUUUCUUUUGCUCCUCCUUCAAACGGGGAGCACCAAGACCGGAUUUAGUCACUCCUUUUGAUAGUCAACAUUAUGCCACGUUGCUACUCUGUAGUUUUGUGGUGCCAUGUUGAUGACUCUCACACUCGCAGCAUCCAGACUCUCCAGGAUUACGCAAGAAUUACCUCUUUUUAACCUUUUGACCCAUGGUUUCUCACUACUUCCUUGAUUUUAAGAGAGCAUGAUUUUUUUAAGAUCUCCUCUUUGAUAUAUAAAAAUUUGUUAUUGGAUUAAAGUGUAUUGUAAUUUAUUUCUUUUUUGUGCGUGUAGCUUUUGUGCUGUAUUUUAAUGUUUUGGGCUGUGUGACCUGUCUAGUAGCAAUAGAGGGCGCUCUUGUUGACUUGCUGGGGCUUCCUCUGGCUUCUUCUAUUAGGGUGCCACAUCACUUGAUGUAUUGCUAUUUGACAUUUUAAAAAAAGAAUCCCUUCUUCCUUUUGUUUUUUCUUUUAUUUUUAAAAAAUUUUUUUUUAGCCUGCAGGGACUAUUCGUGUUAUUGUGCAAAGUAAUAAAUUGGUAUUUUACGCCUA